AUGCCGAAAGCAACCUUUUUCUAUCAUGUUGGAGAAACACUACUUCAAGGCCUGGCCGCAUCCAAGCAGUCAUCUUUUUUCUCAAGUCUUUUAGUUCAUACAGCAUCGACAACAGUAACAACUACAACAACAGUAUCGAACACGAUAUCAUCACCGUCAUCAUCAUCCUCAACAUGUAGCAUUCCAGUUACUUCAGUGGAACAAUUUCACAAUGCUGUAAACGAGAGCCUGUCGACCACGCCCCCUGCACCGCCAAAGAAACGACACUGUAGAUCGCUGUCGGCUGGGGAGGUCACGGAAGGCAGGUCAAGGUGGAAGCCCAACGCAUCAAAGAUAUGGCGCCCAUUCCGUCACUGCCGCGCCAAGCUAGACGCUUACCAAGGCCACUCUCCCAUGCUAAAUGUGAGUAGCUAUAAUAAUAACCCAGGCUCGGAUUCCUCGUCCAUCCCAAGUACGACCCUGAACCUGGCAGGGGACUCAUCAGACCCCAUGAAUCAGUAUUCCACGCCCCCUGAGUCACCGAUACCGCGUCCUGCAUCGGCCACGUCCUGGGAAAACAGCACCAACCCACCGGUGUGGCUAGAACAGACUUCUUUCAAACCGCUUACUUCGCCGCGGCUCUGGCACAGACUACGAUCCUUGGAGGAUGCGGAGAAGGAAGGUCUGUCGGUGAGCUCAGGGUCGGUCGCGUCGCUCACGAGCAGCGUGGAUUCUGCUCCGGAGGUGGACUUGACCAGCAGUGGGGGGUUUGCAAGAGGAACUUUUAAGAAAGCUGUAGUCAUGCCAAGAUGCAGGUCACAGCCGUGUGUCUCGAGUAGGAAAAAGUGUGGGAAGAAAAGACGGAGAGAGGAGGAACCGAGACCAAAGCUAGACCUGUUCAAGAUGAGAGAGGUAGGUUUCACAAUCCGUUUUUUUUUCCUUGAUACAUAAUGAUUGCUAAACAUUUAUCAGUAUUCACUCAUUGAAUCAAUUUGGCCAGCUCCUUCAUCAGAAUGGUAACUGCCUAUUCGGAAUCAUGAGGCAACAAAAAAUUCCCAGACAUUUGUUUGCCAUUCGCUUUUGUUGGAUUGCUCUAGAUGGCCUUUUCUUUAAUGCAUAGUUCAUUGAUAUGAUUUUGAAUGCUUCACAAUGAAAUCACCAUUGCUAUGUAUCUGAAUCUUGGUGAAAGUCCAUUCCGAUGAACCACCCUUACUCAAAGUGGGUCGGGAAAUGGACUAAGUGCACAUUACUUGACUUUCAUCAACCAGGCACUGCUUUCUCAAUAUUAAGAUGCGUAUUAACACAUUUCCAUAAAACUUGCUAGAGGCUUAGGGGGCGAUAAAGGAAGCUAAAAGCAACGAUAUUUCUUGACGAAAACGGCUAAGGAUUAUAGUUGUUGUUCGAUGGCAAGAUCUAGAGGGAUUUGCAAUGCAUUGAAUGAGAUCACCUUGAUGUGCAGGAAAAGCUACAGGCAGUUCUGACAGCCCUUGGAAAUUAAAUAGCUGGGCUCUGCAUUGAAAAUUCACUUCAGCUGAGCUAUAAAUCAAUUUGCCCUUGCUCAUUUCAUUUUAGCUUUUCCUAGUCCAUAUCUGGAUGAUCUUUAAAUGGAUUGCUCAACUUCAUUCAGGAUCUUGAACUAUUUUUCUCUCUUGCAGCUCAUGCUGUAAUUGUCAUUGCAAACCUUUAGGUCAGACGGGAAUCACCUGAUAUUUUUGAGCUAAUCGGUCUCUUAAUUGCUGUGAUAAUGAUGACUACAGUCACAAGCCUUCAUUAGAACACUUAUCACUCCUUUUCUUAUUGCGAAGUAUGUAAUGAGGGUAAUGACAUAAAAUUUGUCAUCUUGAAACAUUUAUUGCAUGUAGCCAUGCACUGACAGCGUGUAGGACCCCCACAGCUCAGAUUUUGGCAAACCUCCACCAACUCAAUCCCAUUUGUGAUGUUAAUCCACGAUGAGAAAUAGGUGGAAAGAACGUAGUGAGAACAGCCUCGAAGUCACACUAUAUGACCCUUAAUAUGGAUCUGCAUUCUGAGUAUAGGGACCUAAUAUUACACUACAGAUGUGUCAGGAGAUAGUUUACGAUGAAAACUGAUAUCUCCUAAACACCAGAUGACAUUUAUUUAUUAUUCAUACGCCUGUGACACUCACACUGAAUGUUCAUGGUUCAGCGAUGGCCACCACCUCAAAAGAUGGACGCUAUGAAUGUUUCAAACAAGCUUUGACGUUUAUUUUAAUUAGGACGGACCAUGUAUCAAUCAAUUUGCAUGGGAUGGCACCACAAUGUUUGACCAAAUUAUUAGCCUACAUGUACGUGUCCUGAAUCGUGUAGCACAUAGCCAUAUAUGCAUGUACGUGUAUACCGGCACCACAUUUGUAUCUUGCCCUACAGGCACUAAUGUGAACGAUGUUCAGGAAGGAUAUUAAAUUGUAUGAAAUCACUUUUAAUAUAUAUUGCAUUUCCUGUUCGAAAGAUAAUUAUUGAUUGAUUCUACAAAAGAGGAUCCACGGAUAUUUCCAGGAGGAGUUGGGGGAGGGGUCUCUGUACAUAUUGAUACAGAUGUAUGAUAGUGAGUGUGUACUACACCUCUCUCUGUCCACACCCCUGGAUAAGCUCUCUCAAUUUAUUCUUCCCCGAUGAAAUAUGAUGAGGAUUUUUCAAUUUCUAACAUCCCUCGUCUCUCGCAUGCUUGCACCAGAUACAUGGGAUGUAUCAAUUAUGUGACUGUCCUUUUUUCUUCUGUGCAAACUUUGUAGCCUAUUGCUAUCAAGUUGUGCGAUCUGAUCCUCUUACAAACACACCAGUGGCUGGAGGCCCAAGAAGAUGUCACGUAAGAUGACAGGGUCUGCACUUACCCCUUAUACUUCUCAUGGAAUUUAUACCCUGUCCGGAUGUUCCAGAUAAGAGUAAAAUUGAUGUCGCCUCCGAGUUGCCAGCAGCAACUAACUUCCUUAAUUGCGUUUCGGAAGAACUCAAUGUAUUCAUGAUCAGGUGGGGGGGGGGGUGUAGUCAGAGGAUAAAGGAACUGGUUUUCCAAUAUCUUAAAUUUUGCCCGC